GUGACAGUAAACAAAUCCUGAAAGGCUGCCGAGGAGCGACGCUUGGCCGUGUGAAGGGUAAUGGACUGGCACAGGUUUGCUAACACCAGGAACAGUGCUGGGCAUGUUUAUAGUCAUCCUGAAACUUUAUACCUGCACAGCUGCAAGGACGCCCCACUUCCCCCUCUUCUCCGGAGACGGGUGCCCGGACCCCUCCAUUACAGCGUCACCUCUCACACAGUGCACCACCCCAAACCUGUGGACGUUGUAUUGAGGAAUGUUAUUUAUUCCAACGCUCCUCCGCAUUGGUGUACACAUUUCCUGAACCGCCUGCCUCAGAAGCUGCGAGAUAGCCGAUCAGUCAAGCUCGUCUCUGCUCCGCCUGUCAGUGAGAUGCAGGAGCAGUACAGGGGACGAUCAGCACCAGACGAGCCUCUGGAGCCUCACUACAGGACGUUGCGGGCACUGCAUGGACAGCUCCAUCAGGCUUCGGUUCUGCUGCAAGGAGAACCGGCGCUCAGUACAGCUCACAGCGACUACCGGCGCUUCAGCAGGUCUGAAUCGACUCCUCCCUCCGCCUCGCCCAAUCGUAGACCCUUCCCCGAACGUCCCGCACUAAUUCACCCCCCAUCACAGCAGACCCCGCCCUGCACCUCCUCCCAGCUCCGGUUGCCCCGCCCUUCCAUCCCGGUGUCCUAUGGAGGCAGAAGCAGCGUGUACAUGGGCAGUUUCAGUGCACCUGCACGUCCGCCCGUGUCCUCCACCCGUGUCCUUGCUAGGACAGAGGAAACAGGGCCGGACCCACUGCAGCAUGUUCUAGGCGUGCCCGAGAUGUACAGCACAGAGAACAAGACGUAUGGCACAGGGAGGACGGUGCUCGUGUGAGACAGAGCCCCAUCGAGCCGUUUUUUUUUCUCCAGCAUCAAUAAUAAAUGCUUGGUCAAAUUUGAUUUAAA